AUGAGGGAAGGAAAAGGAGGUAAGGGUCGUACUCAAAGAAAGCAUUUCCAGCAGAGCAGAGAGAAUGUGUGGAAGUGGAAGCGUCCAGAUUCAGAAUCUUCCUCUUCAAAUCCUACUUCGACUCGCUUCGAUACUCAAAACCCUGCUUUCGAUCAUUAUUACAAGGAGCAGGGAAUCCUAUCCUCAGAUGAAUGGGAUGCAUUCAUGCGAGUUCUCAGAACUCCAUUGCCCACAGCAUUCAGAAUCAAUUCCAGUAGCAGGUUUUCUGCGGAUAUUCGGUCUCAACUGGAGAAUGAUUUUGUGCAUUCUCUUCAAUCCGAGGUUGUUGUUGAAGGGGAUGAUACUGAUGCUAUUAGACCUUUGCCAUGGUAUCCUGAGAAUCUUGCUUGGCAUUCUAAUUUUUCCCGUAUGCAGCUCAGGAAGAAUCAAACACUUGGGAGGUUUCAUGAAUUCUUAAAGCUAGAAAAUGAAAUUGGAAAUAUUACAAGACAGGAAGCUGUCAGCAUGGUGCCUCCUCUGUUCUUGGAUGUGCAUUCAAAUCACUUUGUACUUGAUAUGUGUGCUGCACCUGGUUCAAAAACAUUCCAAUUGCUUGAGAUUUUACACCGAUCAAAUAAAGCAGGAUCACUGCCUGAUGGAAUGGUUAUAGCAAAUGAUCUAGAUGUCCAAAGGUGUAAUCUUCUCAUCCAUCAAAUGAAACGAAUGUGCACAGCCAACCUAAUCGUCACUAAUCAUGAAGCUCAGCACUUCCCAGGAUGUCAUUUAAAUAGGAAUUAUGAUACAAUGGAGCAAGAUCAGCACAUUGCCCGACUGUUAUUUGAUCGUGUUCUGUGUGAUGUCCCAUGCAGUGGAGAUGGAACCCUUCGUAAGGCACCUGAUCUCUGGAGGAAAUGGAAUACAGGGACAGGAAAUGGGCUUCAUAACCUACAAGUUCUAAUUGCUAUGCGAGGUGUAUCUUUACUUAAAGUUGGUGGAAGAAUGGUUUAUUCAACCUGCUCAAUGAAUCCUAUUGAGAAUGAAGCUGUCAUUGCAGAGGUUUUGCGGAGGUGUGAAGGGUCUAUUGAACUUGUUGACGUCUCUAGCGAGCUUCCUCAGCUUAUUCGCCGUCCAGGUCUUAAAAGAUGGAAGGUAUGUGACAAGGGCAUGUGGUUGGUCUCUUGCAAAGACGUUCCCAAGCUCCGUAAGAGUGUAGUUCUUCCCAGCAUGUUUCCGAGUGGAAGAAGCUAUCAGGAUGUUGUUGACAGUAAUUGUAAUAACAGCAUUAUUGAUGAUAUUAAUGGAAAUUCUGAAGAUGGUGUUCAAGUGGUGAAGAAUCCUGUGAUGCAUGAGAUUACUGAGGAAGUUUCUGAUGUCCCACUAGAGAGAUGCAUGAGGUUGGUGCCGCAUGAUCAGAACACUGGAGCCUUCUUUAUUGCUGUAUUGGAGAAAGUUUCUCCUCUGCCAGCAAUUAAGGUAAAACCUAGAAAAGAAUUUGGUAAUCAACAUGAAGAACCAGAAAACCAGGGAAAUGAAGAUGCACAAGUAUUGCAGAUUAAUCCAUCAGAAAGUACACAUGAAGAAGUUUUUGAAGAAGUUUCAGAGGCUAAUAUAAAUGACAAUGAACCUGAUACAGAAGAUUUGAAAGUCAGUCCUGUUACGUGUGAAGAAGGGGAUUCCAAGGAAGCCCAAGAGCUUCGGAAUGUAGAAAACAUAGCAAAUAUCACUCCGGUUAAAAGAAAACUGCAAAUUCAAGGGAAAUGGAGAGGUGUUGACCCUGUUGUCUUCUUCAAAGAUGAACUAAUUGUUAACAGCAUUAAGGCUUUUUAUGGUAUUGAUAAGCAGUUUCCAUUCAAUGGUCACCUUGUAACAAGAAACAACGAUACAAGCCACGUGAAAAGAAUUUACUAUGUCUCCAAGUCAGUUAAGGAUGUUAUUGAGUUGAACUUCUCAGUUGGGCAUCAACUUAAAAUAACUUCCGUUGGCCUGAAGAUUUUUGAAAGACAAACCUCACUUGGAGGUGGCUCUGCACCAUGUGCUUUCCGGAUCACUUCUGAAGGAUUGCCCCUUAUUCUCCCUCACAUCACCAAACAGAUUCUCUCUGCAUCUCCUAUAGACUUCAAGCAUCUUCUGCAGUAUAGAUCUGUAAAAUUUGCAGAUUUUGUUGAUGCUGAGUUUGGUAAAAGGGCAGCAAACCUAAUGCCAGGCUGUUGUGUGGUAGUUCUUGGUGAAGGGAACAAAGCUGCUACAGAGGCUCCCCAAGGGGAUGAGUUAACAAUAGCCAUUGGAUGCUGGAAGGGUAGGGCAAGUUUGACCGUGAUGGUUACUGCAAUGGAAUGCCAAGAACUGCUUGAAAGGCUUUUAAUGCGUCUUGACACAGUUACAGAAAAGGUAUGCUUCAUGCAAGAGAACAAACCGUCUAUUAACGUGGGAGAUGAAGCACAGGAGUCGAACAGUAAAAUUGAAGAUGUGGAAGCUACUUUGUGUUAAAAGCGAAUAGUUAUUUAUCACUCAUUACUACUUUGAGUAGGUUUUUACUUUUUAUUCAUGGCUCCCAGUGCUAACCGAAAUAUUUGUUCUGCAUACUCUUCUUCUACCUCAUUCAUAAUUAUAAUCAAUAAUUUAAUAUAAACUAUAAACCCUGAUGGGCAAGUGCCACACAAAGAUGAU